AUGCCGCCCAAAAGAGGGACCAAAGUCCGGGGACGCGGGGCAGGCCAGGCGUCAUCCCGCCCACCGAUCGCCAAUGGUCCCCCAAGUUUCUUCACGCCACCAAGCGGCCAGGGCACCAAUCUUAGCUGGCAAACCCCCGGGCCUCAGGUGCCUCAGGCGCCGCGGGGUUCCACUUCGGGUUCCAGAGGCUCGAAUCGUGGCGGUCGCAGCAGCAGGGGAAUCAGAGGAGCCCGAAGGGGUUCUCUGGGCACCAGAACAGCUCCCACCACCCAAACUUCUGCUGAUGCCGCUGCACUCACAACUGGCCAGAAACCACUACACUUGGCCACUCCAGCACGACCAUCUUCGGCUUAUAUCACUCUGCGAUUUUACAGCACGAAGAAUACGGCAUCUGAACCAUUUGUGACUUUGAGGCGUGGAAAGAAAGGAGCUGCUGCUUCUGCUGAACCACAUUCCAACCAAAACCCGCCCAAGCCUCUGACUUUGUUCAGUCCUUCAUCCGCUCAGAGUCAGGAAUCACCACUACCACUCCCAUCACUUAUCUCGGCUACUACGACUACCCCAAAUUUUGGACCCGGUCUUGGACCAGAAACGCCUUUGGAGAGUGUUUCCAGCAACCAGCCUACUGCAACUGAUGACCUAUCGAAGAUUGGCGUUGGUCCAAGUAAGCUGUCCACAAGAAUUUGCUCGCCCGAGACCAGAUUGGAUUCCCCGCAAGGCUUUGGAUAUCCAGGUGAAUCAGGCGGCCGUUCUUCAAACCAAGCACCUGCGACUGUGAAGACACUUCCUGGAUCGCAAUUCCGCCCAGUACCUCGUACAAUGGCUCCGAUUACUGACACAACAGGAGUGCAAGCUGGAAUCAAGGAUGUCAUCCAGAAUCUGUACGACAUUCAGUCUCAAACACAUGGCUAUGUGCCUGACACGGCAGAUCUACUAGUGGACAAGAUGACGGAACUCGCACAGUCACUCAACGACCUGCAAAACAUGACAUCGACAACCGUCUCGCCGAACAAUCCAAUCCAUAGUGUACUAAUCGCCCCUGAGAUUGUGGACUACGUGGACGACGGACGCAAUCCGGACAUCUUCACCAGAGAUUUCGUGGAGAAUGUACAGCGAGGGAAUGCGGUGAUUAAUGGGAAGCAAAAGGCAUUCAAGGAUUUCAGCGAGGUGUUUGCGCAGGUACUUAAGGAACGGAUGCCACAAUUGACGAGGCACGUUGACAGGAUUAUGGACAAUGCUGGCUUCGACACGGAAGAUACAAAGGAGACCGACAAAGUUGAUGGCGCGAAUGGUGCCCAGCCGAACGGAGCAUCGAGUGGCCAACGACAACAGGAUUCUGCAUUUUCUUCAGCUACGACAGGGUAG